GUCAGAUCUUCAACCCCUUCCACUCGAGUGUCUGGGGUUUGGGCCUUCAGGGAUGGAAGGAAUUCAUUGGGGAGCACUGCAGAAUUAGCUAUGCCCUGCCCAGGCGUCAUCUAACCGGCUUAAUUUCUCAAAUUUGUGCCCGCCUGUCCUGCUGUGGGCCUGUGCACGGGGGGGGAGCAACAUAGGAUGAAAAUCUGCAAUCAUGAUGCAAGGACUGAAAAACCGAACGAGGAAAGCCCUGGGUUUACGAAGGAAAGACAAGGAAACAGACUCAACGAGCUCACCUGACAAAGAAGGGACUGGAAGUGGAAAGAGAGGAAGUAAAAAGACUAAUGGGGCACCCAAUGGUUUCUAUGGGGAGAUUGACUGGGACAGAUAUGCAUCUCCUGAUGUGGACGAAGAGGGUUUCAGCCUCCGGCCUGGCGAAGUCGGUGAUGUGUCUGCAAAGGGGAAACAUUUUUUCUCCUCCAGCGAUUCAGAAGACGACGAUGAAAACAAGAAAAAAUUCAAAAUAAAGAUCAAGCCGCUGGUAUCAGACAGCGCUAAGUGUGUCCCUCCAUCUAUGGAUGAGCUAAAAGCCUCUGUGGGAGGCCUGGCACUCUCUCCUUCUCUGAAGAGAAGUCCGAGACGCAGCCCGGGACAUAUUAAAAGGAACCUGUCAUGUGAAGAGAUUGCGCGACCAAGACGCUCCACCCCUACGCCAAGUCCCGCCCCUGAGAUGUCAGGUGACUUGUUAUCGCAGAACGUUUCUUCGUUCUAUGGAAGACCUUCAGAGACCAAAUAUGCCAGAUAUGAUGUGAUCCCUGCUGACAUUUGGAGAGAAUCAAGGCUGCAGCCUGAAUCACAUUUAAGCAGAAGUUUCCCAACAGGAGUUCCUCCUCCCCUUCCGCCAAAAAACAUUCCAUCAAGGAGUCAUUACAGCUAUGCUUCCGACUCCUCUGCCAGUCUGCCCAAUGGAAGGGCAGUUCGCAGUUCUGCUCCCAUCUACCUGAACGUCCUAUCUCCUGGCUCCUAUGGCGGCUCCCCGGCUCCUGAUCUGGACGAUGUCUUUGGCCCUGUGGACAGCCCAGAUACCAGUGAAGACACAGUGUCUCCUAGAUGGGUUACGUUCAGCGAUGACAGACCUCCACCACCAGAUGAACCUGCUCCUCCUCCACCACCAGACUCACCUCCCCCAGACACACCGUCAUCUACCCCCUCCACUCCAUGUGUCUCUCCUGGACCACCGCCAAAUGAGCCACCACCUUUGCCUCCUCCUUUUUCACCUGGGUCUUCCCCUCCUUGCACACCACCUGACUCGCCACAUUCCAUUUUCCUCGGUCCUCCUCCUCCAGAUAAACCAGCCCCUCCUCUACCCCCGGACUUCUCUUCCUCUGAUUCACCUCCCAUCUGCCUUGACGAGGAGGCACUUGAUGAGGAGGUGCUGCAGUUUGUAGAAUACUCUUCAUCGCCUGCACCCACGAGCCCUGUUCCCCCUCUGCCAGCGGAGUGGAGAUCCCCAAGGGGACAAGUCCCUUCUCCCCUUGUCUUAGGAGGUGCCGGUGGAAAGAGGACUCCAGAAAGUGUGUACAUGAGAGAUGACGUCCCUGAUUUUGUUGGAUCACCCAGAGAGCUGACCCCGAGCUUCAGAGGCACACCGCCUCCUCUUCCUCCAACCACCUACAGGUCUAUUAUAUGUUCCCCGGGACCACAUUCGGGCAGCAGCCCUUCGUCUCCAGCGCGUCCUGCCACGCCUCAUUCUCGAGGCAGCCCAGUUCCUCCUCCUCCACCCCCUCGACCGUCCUCACGACCGAAGCUGCCCCCUGGGAAACCCAUAGCUGAUAUGACUCGGCCGUUCAGUCCGCCAGUUUCAGGCAGCCCUCCGCCUUUUGCUCCCCUGGCUCGAGCAGAGAGUUCCUCCUCAAUCUCAUCCAUUACCUCACACAGUGCAGCGUCUACACCAACCUUGGGAAGAGACCUUAACUUAUCCAGCACAGGAUGCUCCAGAGGACCCAGCCCACUUACCAUGGGAUCACAGGACACUCUGCCAGUGGCUGCUGCCUUCACAGAAACUGUCAAUGCUUAUUUCAAAGGCGCUGACCCCAGCAAAUGUGUAGUGAAGAUCACAGGAGAAAUGGUGCUGUCCUUUCCUGCAGGCAUAACCAGACAUUUUGCCAACCACCCCACUCAACCUGUGCUCACAUUUAGCAUUAAUAACUGCAGCCGACUAGAGCAGAUGCUCCCCAAUCCACAGCUGCUGUGCUGUGAUUCAAUGACAGAGAGUGUACACACCAAGGAAUUUUGGGUCAACAUGCCAAACCUGAUGAAUCAUCUGAAGAAAGUGUCCGAGCAGAAACCUCAAGCAACGUAUUACAAUGUGGAUAUGAUCAAAUAUCAGGUGACAGCAGCAGGAAUUCAGUCCACUCCUCUGAACCUGGCAGUGAGCUGGCGAGGUGAUGCAACAAAUACAGACCUGAGAAUCGACUACAAAUAUAACUGUGAGGCCAUGGCCACCCCGAUGCCAUUACACAAUAUCCAUUUUCUGGUUUCGGUGGAUGGAGGUGUUGCCAGAUUGCAGGCCAUGGUCCCCCCUGCCACCUGUAUUGUUUCCUCACACAGGAAUCCAGAACAACAGGUCAUCCAGUGGAAGAUUCCCAGCCUCUCUCAAAGAUCUGAAAAUGGAGGUGUAGGAGCUCUUCUGGGUCGGUUCCAGAUGACGGAAGGGUCCAGUAAACCCUCCCAGCUGACAGUUCAGUUCACCAGUGAGGGAACCACUCUGUCAGGGUGCGACAUCCAGUUGGUUGGGACUGGCUACCGACUGUCUCUGGUCAAAAAGAGAUUUGCUGCAGGGAAAUAUUUGGCAAAUAAUUAGCAAAGCUGUUGAAGAACAGACUCAGAAGUGGAUUGUGACUGUGAGGACUUUGCUUAAUGCAUCUUACAAAACACACACAGAGACUCAAAUAAACACUAUAAUCAGUAGACCGACUGCUGCCGAGUUUAUGCAAAUUAAAUACAAAUCAUUACUUUUGUGCACUCUGAACACUUAUGGGGUUACAUUGUGGUAAAAAUAUGGAAAAAAAAAACUAAUUAUUCCUCUUAAUAGUGAGUUAAUAAAGUGAUCUGGCCUUCUUCAUUUCAGAGUUCCUUUGGUCUAUGGAAGAUGCAUUUCAAAUAAUGUGAAUAGUUGAUAUAUAUUACAGAAAACUCUUAAGGUGGAAAAGUAUGAUUUUUUUUUCUUUAAAACAAAGUGUAGUAUAGAGUUGUUUUGCAGUUUUAGUCCAGUUCUGAGUUCAACCGCCACAUCACUUUUUUCUUGUUUUUCUUACCAUACUUUAGAUGGCGAUAAUUUUCCUUGUCAAAGCAAAACAUUAAAUGCACUUUGCUAUUGAAAAUAUCACAGAUGGUUCUAUCAUUUCACAAUGACCUGCGCGUCUUUUUAUAUUUGAGGACUUUUACAGCUUUUCCUUUGAAGGGGUCACAUGAACAGUCAGUGCUGGCAGAAGAAUAGU